UGCAAUCUUAGCCAAUUCCAUACAUCCAGACACUCGCUAGUAGCUCAUAUCUCGUCAUGUUGGCCAGAGUACUCAAAUCAAAUAAUCAACAGCCCGCUCCUUCCCCUCCCACAACACCUACAAAAUCUCGCGACGGUCAUUCGAAAUCCGCCUCUACCCCUGCCGUAUCCUCCCCCACUAAAAUCCCCGUCGCCUCCACCGCCACUUCUCGUACAUCUCAUAUCUCUUCCAAAGAGAACCUACCUGCUCCAGUCUCUUCAGAGCGCUCCAAUUAUCUCUCUUUUCUCUUUUCUCAAUCUCAAGCAGGGGCUCCUACCACACCUGUUAAAGUACAUCCCAAAGUCGCCCAGGCAUCGGCUCCUAACCAAGUCGUCCCCGUCCAUCACCCGUUGAGGGAAGAUCGUCACGCGUACGAAUCGGAUGACGUUCACAUGCAGACCAUAAAGAAUACUAUCAAUCCAGCCAUGUUGAAGCAACUCGCCAUCGGUUCAGCCGCCAAAAGUUCUGGGAACGGAACACCCAGUCGCGGACAAGGUCACACACAGUCGUCUUCCGAAGAUGUGCAUAUGAAGACCGCACGUAUGGAUACUCGUAUGCCAGAGAAAGAACGAGGGCUUCAACUGUGGGAGAGAGAAAUGUUGGAAAAGUCCGACGUAAAGAGGAAGGCAACCGUCGCCCAGAUUUACUUUUUAGACUACUACUUCGAUCUCCUCGGCUACCUGGCCGCCAGAAAACGUCGCCUUGAAACCUUUAAAGUCGAUACCGCGGAGCGCCAGGUCACUGGACCAGAAUACGCAAAAGAACUACAGUCGUACAACGGUCGAGAGCGAGUUCUCCUUCGAAAACGCCGCACCAAGCUUCGUGUUGAGCAAUUCCGUAUCAUCGCCCAAGUGGGUCAAGGAGGGUAUGGUUCGGUCUUCCUCGCACGUAAAAUUGACACCAACGAGGUGUGUGCGCUUAAAAAGAUGCGCAAGGGUACAUUGGCCAAGAUGGACGAGGUCAAACAUGUGUUGGUAGAAAGAGACAUCUUGACCGCGGUCAAGACACCUUGGCUAGUCAGACUUCUAUAUGCGUUCCAAGACCAAGAGCAUGUUUACCUCGCCAUGGAAUAUGUGCCAGGUGGUGAUUUUCGAACUCUACUCAACAAUUCGGGUGUGUUGAAAGAAGAGCAUGCCAGGUUUUACGCGGCAGAGAUGUUUGCAGGAGUCAACGAGCUUCACAAGCUCGGUUACAUCCACCGUGAUCUCAAACCAGAGAACUUCCUGGUUGAUGGCACUGGACACGUCAAGUUGACCGACUUUGGUCUCGCCACCGGCGCCCUAAACCCACAAAAGAUCGAAGACAUGAAACACAAACUCGACCAAGUCAAAGAUGAAAAUCUCGUCUUCCGUAGCACCCUCGAGCGUCGCACUCUGUACAGGAGCAUGCGUAUGGCUGAACCGCGUUAUGCUGAUUCUGUGGUUGGGUCUCCGGAUUACAUGCCCCCUGAGGUUCUGCGUGGCAAAACUUACACUUUCUCCGCCGAUUAUUGGUCACUCGGUUGUAUACUCUUCGAAUUCCUCUGUGGAUUUCCUCCCUUUUCCGGGUCGUCGCCAGAAGAGACGUGGGCGAAUCUUAAGAACUGGCAGAGAGCUCUACGCAGACCUGUGUACGACCGACCUGAGGAUCUCAUCUUCAAUCUAAGCGAUGUGGCAUGGGACGCCGUGAUUCGACUCAUCGCCUCACCCAAAGACCGUAUUUCCAACCUCCAAGAUAUUCAAGCUUUACCAUUCUUCUCUUCUCUACCCUUCGGCUCCCUUCGCGAAUUACCUGCACCUUUCGUACCUGUUCUAGACGGUGAGACGGACGUGGGAUACUUUGACUCUUUCUCCUCCCCAGAGGAUAUGGCAAAAUACGCAGAAGUGUUUAAGAAACAACGUGAUGUCGAAGCUGUGGAAGAACGUGGGAUCGGUAAUAGGAACAAUUGGGUCGGGUUCACAUUUGGAAAGAAUACAAAUCUCGCACCACCCGUCCGAGGAGGAAAAGCGGAAGGAGAAGCGUUGCAGACCAUGUUUUGAUACCAACCAACGCUUUCUUUCCCGCCUUGAGAUUUAUAUAUAUAUACCCGUGUAAUGUUUCGGACGUUUGAAGAGAGAAUUUUGCUAGUACUUUGAUGCACGAUGAAUACACUUUAUGCCAU